UGACGUCAGCACACACAGCCCUGGCUGGAGGUACGACGCCUCGCAGUCAAUAUCCUUCACAGCCCGGCAGUUCCUCCAGCGACGGCGGAUACAGAAACGGAGAGCAUUACGAGAACGCGAAGGGGAAGACGGAGUGGAAUCGCGACACAUUAUUUCUCCUCAGUCGUUUUUAAGCUAAAUCCGACAUUCUCUCCGAUCAUAGACCAGGCACUUUGUACGAGACACGGACAUAAGGACACAGGGAGCGGUGUAAGGACAAAUUUUCAUACUCGAUGACAUUACAUCGCAAUGUCCGAUCGUUUGGGGCAAAUAACCAAGGCCAAGGAUGGGAAAAGCAGAUACUCGUCACUCAGCCUGUUUGAUAAGUACAAGGGAAAGUCAAUAGAAACUCAGAGAAACACAGUUGUUACUCGACAUGGCUUACAAAGUCUUGGCAAAGUGGCCACUGCCCGGCGCAUGCCCCCUCCUGCUCACCUGCCGAGCCUAAAGUCCGAAAACAAAGGAAACGACCCCAACGUGAUUAUUGUACCCAAGGACGGAACAGGAUGGGCGAACAAGCAGGAAGAACCAGACCAAAAGAGUUCUACUGUAUCCACAGCACUGCUGCUGGAGUCGCAGCCACAGCUGGCUUUGCAGAAAUCUGUCUCCAGUUUACAGAAGGGGAUUGUGGUAGCCAGCCAGGAGGGCACAAGUACAGGUGGACCAAAACAAUGGGCACAGCUGAAUGGAAAGGCAGCAGAACAAAAUGGUUUAAUGGUCUCAAACAGACUGCAGCCCUUCUCUCACGAGGAAUUUCCAACGCUGAAGGCAGCCGGCGAACAGGACAAGGCUGGCAAGGAAAGAAGCAUCUUCGAUCUGUCGUAUGGGCCCGGACCAAGCCUCCGCCCCCAGAAUGUGACAAGCUGGAGGGAGGGUGGUGGGAGGAACCUGCACACACCAUCGUCACCAGCUGUCAUCCCUGUCGAACCCGAGGGCAAAAGCAGUGGGCUAGGUGACCCAGUGACACCUCCACAUACCACCCCCACUUCAGCCAUGCCGUCUUCCACCACAGCAGGUGCUCCCUCAGUAGCAGAGAAGGAGCCCUCCCUCCGUCCUUGCCAGCCUCUUCGCAGGGGGGCUCCCACAGUUCCGCAGUAUCUGACCCAACAGCACCAUCCUACCACUGUCUACCACGACAUGUUGCCUGCCUUUAUGUGCCCCAAGGAGUCCCAUGAUUCCCCACAGUUUGCUGAGCGUGGUCUAGCCACUGUGGUCACACCAGUCCGCUUUGAGGCCCGUUCUGUGUUUAGCCGCCAACUUCCAGUCCCUGAGCCCAUUAAUGGUGAGGUACGGAGGGAGAACCGCUUUGCGCGCAUACCCACUCGCCUUUCAUCUCACCCCAUCCGACGUCCCGGUGACCAUGCUCCUCGUCCCGCCAUCAUCAGCCCUGAGGAUCUGAAGGACUUGGAUAAUCUGGACAAUGACUGUGAAGAUGGAUGGGCAGGUCUUCAUGAGGAAGUAGAUUACAGUGAGAAGCUUAAGUUCAGUGACGAUGAAGAGGAUCACAGUUCCAAUGAAAAGCAAAAAUGGACUGAGUGGGAGCAGCGCAGGGAGCGUCAGUCCUCCUUCAGCUCAGGGGAGGGCCAGUAUGGGCGGGAUUCUGUAGAGGAAGAGGGCUACCUGCCCUAUCAGGAGCUCCAGGCUCCAAGGAAGGCCAAUGGCUGGUUUUCUCCUGCUGACACCCAGGGUCAGCAGAAAGCCGGUGUGCCAACCAGAGUGAGGCGGCGGAAGUCCCUAGAGGAGAAGGACGAGCAACGGCAAGGCCCUCGGGGAAAAUAUGCCACUCCGGAGCUGUCGGAAGCUGUGGAGCGUGCCCGCAGGCGGCGGGAGGAGGAAGAGAGGCGAGCUCGUGAGGAAAGGCUUGCUGCCUGUGCUGAGAAGCUCAAAAAGCUGGACGAGAAGUUUGGCAAGGGUGACAAGCUGUCACGAGCCGAAGGAGCCCCAAGGGAACAAGAGAACAAGGAGCCACCAUUUUCCCCAUGCAAGGAUUCCACCAAAUCCAGCACAGAGAACUGGAAACCUGUUUCCAAAGAACUUCCCCAGGUGACUUCAGACAAGCACCCCAGCCUGGACUACAGUGAGGAUGAUGUUCAAGUCUCUGACUGCCGUAGUGAGGAACACGAGCCAUUGCCCCUUUCGGACUAUACAAAGCAUCAGAAAUCUCUUCCAUCCCGCUUCCAGAAGCAGCAGCAACCACAGCAACAUCAAACACAAGAGCAGGUAUACAAGCCACAGUCUUGGCAACAGCAACCAAAUCACUCCACACAUUCUGGUGCAACCCAGCCCAUUCGUAGUUACUAUCCCCCCCAUGUGAUGGGCUUUGACCCUCGCUGGAUGAUGAUGCCUCCAUACAUGGAUCCCCGGACAGCUCAAGCCCGUUCCCAAGUGGAGUAUUAUUCUGGUGUCAUUCACUCGACAGGAGUUGUGAAGCAGAUAAGGCAGCAGGAUCACCUUAAUAGUUCUGGCUCUGCAUCAGAUGAUAGAUGCCAUCCCAACAUGUUCCAAGAAAGGAAGCUUCCUUCCAGUGAAGCAUACCAUGUUUGGGGUCAGGAAGACUACCAGCCUACAAUGACUCGUAGCUUCACUCCACCAUACCAGAGGCAACAUGAGAGCAAGGAGAUCAGCUGCAACAAAGACAGGAGUGACAGACCAUGCUCCCAGCAUUCUUUAUAUGAGGACAGAGGACAGGAAUAUGGGGAUGGUUCAGCAGAUGAGUUCUCCCACCAAGGGUAUUGCCAGAGCAGAAACCCAGACUUGGCCUUUGGAUCAUGUCAGAGGAUGAAUUCUCAUAAAGAAAUUCUGGCACCUGUGGGGCAAAACAUACCCCUAAAAGAUGAGACUGAUUAUCCACAAGGUUCCAAGGAUAUGGAUUGCAACAGAAACCAUAAUGAAAAAUCUCAUGAAGAAGAGUUUGAAUAUGAGAUCUUAGGCAAGGAUAAAAAUUGUGGGUCAGACUUCUGGGAAAAUGACUAUUCUCAGAAGGAGGCCGGAUUCAAAUCUCAAUGGUCGGAUGCAGGAUCUAGCAGCAGCAAACCAUCUGAAUCCAGUGGAAGAAGCCUGUGCCGAAGGACUGGCCCCAUGAAGAAACCAGUUCUUAAGGCUCUCAAGGUGGAGGACAAGGAAAAUGAAAAGCCCAAAACUGAGCCAGAGGAGAAAUCUGUCCCUUACAGACUAAAGGAGAAGGCAGUUCCCUCUGACAUGUUUGAUGUGAAGGACUCAAAUUUUCCUCCAGCUGGCAAGUAUUCUGCAACUGCAGCAGAAGAGAAGUAUCCUGUCCUUGUGAAAGCAGAGAAACCUGAGAGACCAGCAAGUGAUGGACCCAGAGAGAGCGUGUGGGAGAACGGCAAAGCUCUGUCUACAGAUCCCCGCGAUGUCAGGAACCAUCCAGCAUCACUGCGCAGUAAUUGGAUCUUUAUUGAUGAGGAGCAGGCAUUUGGAGGGUCAAGAGGGAUGGGAAGAGGCCGGGGCAGGAUCUUUAGGGAGCUCACUUCCAGAGGAGGUGGCCGUGGAGGACGAGGAGAGAAUCUUACUGGAGGGGGAUACAACAGCAGCCAGAGGGCCGGCCGGACCCAUGGCUUGAGGGAAUUCGAUAAGACUGAUGACGUACCAAGAGGGAAGACACGGAGGCGCAAUGUAAGUGAGACCUUGAGUGAAACCUCUGAAUAUGAGGAGCUUCCUAAGCGCCGGCGGCAGAAGGGCUCUGAGAAUGGAGAAGCAGUGUGCACUGAACCUGGGGCCCCUAGGAAGGUGGACAGCAGAGACUCCUGGAGAUCCAACAAAGUGUAUGCUGAUGAACAAGCCAGUAUUGAAGACUCGCAAGACAAGCCUCGGUCCGCCAGAGGUUUUGGCCGAUCACUUCCCCCGCGACUCACUAACUCAGGGUACAGCAGGAAUUUUGGGACCAGGGAGACCUCCAUGUGGAGGGGAAAAGGAGGCCAGUUUUGUAGCAUUCCUGUACAUGCAAAUGGAUAUGGCCCUGGAUCAGAAGGCUUCUCUAGAAGACCACCCGAGCGAGAGAAUAUUAGGUAUGCCCAGAAAUUCUCUGGUUCUUUUGUGGAAAAUGUACAUGAAGAUCGAGGAGAUGGAGAGGAUUAUUUAGAUAGCGAGAGCCCUGAUUACCAUCCCCCAAGACGCCGCCGCCCUCCCCGUCAGGACAAGCCUCCUCGCUUCCGCCGCCUGCGGCUAGAUCGUGAAUCUGCAGGUCAGUGGGACAGUGUGGAGAACCUGAAUGGAGACCUGGACAUCCCUUGGCCUGGUCGCUCAAGAGGGGGGGAGGAGUGUCCUUCUGGACGUCUCUCUGUUGGGAGGAGUCGCCAGGACCAAAUAGAGGGCUGGGAGUCUGUUUCAGAGAACAGUGACCUCAAUGAAAAGCGAGAGAAGCAUGGAAUGCUUUCUCAGAGUGAUAUGUCCUUUGACCCAGGACACUGUGAGCCAUGCUGUGGGGAAAAGAGAGAGCUUUCCAAGAGGAGUUUUUCCAGCCAACGCCCCCUUGUGGAUAGGCAGAACCGCAAAGGGGAGCAUUCCAUUUUGGAGGCCAACAAAAUGUCCUGGUCUGCUGACACCCCUGUGACUGCAGUAUCAUCUAGCAGGAGUGAGAGGUGGAAUGGCAUGUCCCUCAACAGCAAGAGCAGUCCAGAAGAGGCUGUCUCAGGGUUGAGCUCAAGUUCCGUGUACAGUGUGGAUCAGCCUGGAGAUGUGUCUCCAGCCAUUCCUGCUGAAGUUUCUGUGAAGAAGACUGAGAAAGACCUGAAGCCUGAGACUCUGAAAGCAGUGGAGGGGGAUACAGGGCCUGCCCCAGAGGGUCUCUCUGAGGUUUUGUCCAAAAAGCAGCGGCGACAACAAGAGGAAGAACGCAGAAAAAAGGAACAAGGAUCAACAGUACUCAUCAAGAACAGAAUUAUAACUUCCAAGAUGCCGCCUCGCUUUGCCAAGAAACAGGGAAACUUGGCUGUCGAGCAACCUGGAGAUGCAUUGCCAUCCAGCAGUCUGGGCACAGAGAUCUGGGAGACCAGCAAAACUGCUGUUUCUGUUCAGUCAUCCACUGGGGAUUCCUGGACGAAACAAGUAUCAUAUACUGGGCCUGAGUCAAAUUCCAAUGAGGUGUAUAAGGGGAGUCAGACUGACAGUGGCAUUGACCUGAGUGCUGAGUCUCAGGGAUCCUCCGCCAGCUCCUCUCAGAGAAGUUCCCCUUAUGGCACCCUCAAGCCUGAGGAGAUCGCCGGGUCCGCUGCGGCUGAGGCCAAGCCCAGCGGGCCCAAAGACGUACCACGGAAGAAGAUGGAAAAGAAGGAUUCAAAUGGCGGGUCAGAGCAGAUCAAGGAGCACAAGCCUGGUCCGAUUGGCAAUGAGCGCUCCUUGAAGCACCGGAAGGGUUCAGAGGGCAUAGAGCAUCUGGAGAGUCCCCUUGCCCCAGUGAAUGGAGUGGAUAUCCAUGUGGAUAACGUCCUCCCUGUUCCACCUAUUGAGUUUGGUGUCAGCGCCAAAGACUCUGACUUCACCCUAUCCCCAGGAUCCACUACUGUACCUGUGUCCAGCCCGGUUACUAAGCUGCAUGAUGCACUGGCUGGAAACGUGACCCUUGCACAAGCAAUCCCCAUUCUUCGCAGAGACCACCUACAGCAAGGCAUGGGCCUCAACCCCAUUUCCUUUCCCAGCGUGGACCUCACACUUAAGAUGGAGUCUGCUCGGAAGGCCUGGGAGAACUCUCAGUCCCUGCUUGAGCAGGGAUCCCCUGGGGUCACAGGGUCAGGACUACAGCCUCCUUGUAGUGGGGGCUCAAGCAGUGGUGUUAGCUACAGCUCUUUUGGAGGUGUUUCAAUGCCUCCCAUGCCUGUGGCUUCCAUAGCUCCCUCCAUGCAAGCAGGUAACCAUAUUUCACCUCUGUACUUGGAUGGUCAUGUGUUCCCCAGCCAGCCACGCCUGGUGCCACCCACCAUAACUCAGCAGCAGAACUAUCAGCAGGCGGCAGCUGCACAGCAGAUCCCCAUCUCCCUGCAUACCUCUCUCCAGGCUCAGGCCCAGCUGGGUCUCCGAGGUGGACUGCCUGUCUCCCAGUCCCAAGAGAUGUUUGGCUCUAUCCCUCCAUUCAGGUCCCAGGUGUACAUGCACCCCAACCUGUCUCAACCCAGUGCCAUGGUACUGUCUGGAGGAGCUCCUUUGAAAGGGCCCUACUCUGCCUUCCCUGGUAUGCAACAUUCAGAAAUAGUGAAGCCCCAGUCAGGCUCUCACUACCAACCCAUGAGCGGGAGCCAGCCACUGGUCUAUGAUGGCCAGAUGAACCAAGCACCAGGCAUGGGAACCUCCCAGCUGAUGGACUCCCAGCUCAUUCAGGUGACUGUGCCCCUGCCGGGCUCUCAGCUGCGCUAUGGCUCUGCUCAGCAGCAUCUGAUCCUUCCUCAGUCCAUCCAGCUUCAGCAAGGCCAGAACCUCACAGUGGGGGCCCCUCGGCGCAUCCUAACCCCCAGCUCGCAGUCUCCAGUGAUAACGGGAAACAGAGAGAUACCCCAGCUAGAAAUUAAAGGCUUUCAGUUUGCAGAAAAAUCCAGCCACUCACAGGGGAUGUCAGGAGGGUCCACUCUCAGCUCCUACAGGCCUGGAUCUAUCAGCCCAAGUGGGAAGCCCUCUGGUCCUGGACAUUAUGCUCAACAGAUGCCCCCACCUCACGGCAGCAUAGUGAUGCACAUGCGGCCUCCCACCACUUGCCCCUUCCCCAAUCCCAUCCAGCGACCAGGCGUGCAGGCCAGUAAACCUGUAAUGAUGCGCCCUCCUCCUUACCCUGGACGAGAACCGCCCCCUUCUGCCUCCCCUACUGCAAAUCCUGAUUCCGCUGCUACAGGACGGGAGGAUGGUACAAAGGAGAAGACCCAGCGAGAAGCUGCGUCAGGUGAUGGAAAGGGGCAGUCAGGUGCCAUGCAAAGUAAGCUGCAGGAGCCACCUCCUUCGGGGCAGACCAAGCCUGCUCGCUCUGCAACCAUCAAGUCUCAAGCUGCAAAGCUGGAGGAGGGCAAAGCCUAGCUUCAGAGUACUCCCUGCCACCCCGCACAAGGCACAGUCGACCUAGCUUGGGCAUGCUGAGACUGCCUUCUGCAUCAGCCCUCAAGGGCCAUGCAGCAUGGUAGCAGUCUGCCAGACCCAAAAAUCUAAAUAAGGCACUGUAGUUCUAGUAUAAAAAAAUGCAUAUACAAGUCUUUCCCAGCAGACUUUUCAGUUUCACUUUAUUUAUUACAAUGUAAGACCAUUUAAAAUAAUUAUGUAACUACUUAUGUAACUAUUCACAUUUUCUAUGUUUUUUUUUCUUCAGAGACAAUAAGUGUAAGCCAGCUCCUGUAGGUUGGCAGUUUUACCUCACCAGGCUGAUGUACAGCUGCUUUGUAAAAACUGAUGUCAAAAAAUGUCAGUGAGAUUUUUUUUUUUUUUUUUUUUUUUUUUUAAUGCAGCUGUUUCGGUUUCCCUCAGCUCAUUCAUCAUUUUACUGAUAUUCAUGGAAUUCUAACAUCUUGUUCUUUUUACAUAAAGUUGGCUGGCUUUGGUGAUUAAAGUAAUUUUAUUCACUAUAGGAAUAAAGCAUUAAAACCUUCCAUUCAGUACUCAUAUGGAAAGGUGUGAAACUCUCUUUUUCCUGUAGAUGUCAGAAGGAUUGAUCACAGGCUGUGAUCUGCAACAAACUGUAGCUAGAAGGAGCUGUUCUCCGUUAUACUCUAGAAGAGGCAGUUUGGUGUUCUCUGAGAAGCUGGGACAAGUUCUGUUUUCUUGAUGCUUCAAAGGUUGAUGCAAUGUUUGCAUGUGACGAGUAUUAAUAUGUGUUUAGCGAGUGGACUCUGACAUGCUUUUGAAAUUUGUGCUUCUAACAUAAGCAAAUGUCAACAGGAGAAAAUGCUGGGCAGUGGAAACAAGGGGAGAAGAGGACAGGUGUCAAAGGCUUUAAAGGUGUGGUCCAGAUAGUGAUAUAUUUUCCCCUUCUCUUCCUUAAUAAAUCUAGAUGUUGAUAUAUAAUAUAGCAAGUAUGUCAAGUGUAUGAACUAAAAGAUGGAAUAUAUAUUUUCCUCCACAUUAUUUUACUUAUACUCUGAAGUUAUUUCUACCCUCACUCCUCCGCCUCUGUUCUGCACUUCUGUAUUUAUACAUUUUAAGAGGGGUGUGAGGUUGGAUUUUCUGGGAUUCAGUAUUAAGCUGAACAGCAUGUAAGUCAUGCAUGUACAUCAGCAGUAGGUUCCCACAAUAAUGCUGGAAGAGUAGUGUGCUCAAGAUGCGGUCGUGAAUGUUGAAUGUGAGAAAUUUUCCUUCCGCUGACCAGAGGCAUUUGCAGAAAUGUAAUAUAAAAUACCUGUAAUAUUUAUCUGGGUCCAAAUGUUACACGGCUUAAAUGCUAUGAAAGGUUUUAGAACUGCUGUGCAGUGACAUGGCAUUUAUUUUGAAAGUGUGAGCCAGGUUCAGGCGCCGUUUAGUUCCUAGGUAGCCAUGGCUACACCGUGACCGUGUCCUUUUCUUGUGUUGGUGGCUUGACAAAGGGUUGCACAACUCCAAAGUGUCACUGCUACGUUCUGAAACCAUGAAAGUAAUGCUGAUGCUGUUUUUCCUUUCCAGUUAUAAAGUAUUAUUGCUUUAAAAAAAAGAAAAAAAAAUAAUCACCUUAUAAUACACUAUUUGUACUUGUUCAGACUUUGUUGUCAGUGUUUAACUGAUACUUACACAUGCGUUCCUGUACAGUUGAGUUAUAUCAUUUUGUGCUGGGAAGGCUGGAGUCCUACACUUGAUUUCUAUUACUGUAUUUAAGUAUACUUGAUACACAAAGCAAAAAUAAAAGGUAAAACAGACUGUUACA